CAUUUUCAGUUUCAACUCUGCUUUACUAUCACCCCCUAUUCAUCUACCUGUAAAAAUGCACCUUCCUCCAUUCCCUCCGCCUGCUUCUCCCACCCCACAGCUGCCCUGUGUUUCUGCUUCUCAUGAACCCAUGUCUAGUCUUCCUAGUUUUGUGAUUCUGUAGAUUGGCGGUUUGGGUGGGAUGGAUUUCGGGGUGGCUGGUCUGGAUGGUUUUGUGGGUUCUGAGAAUGGUUUUGCUCCUCUGGUUUCAGAAACUGAAAACAAGCACAAGUGUUACGUAUCUGGGUUCCUUAAGCAAGAGAGAUCUGGGGCUACGGAAGAUGAUUGGAGGAGCUCAAAAAUGGCCAGAACUGAUGAUCUGACGGCCUCGAAACCAAUGUCGCUCCAUCAAAGUACUCCUUCGCUUCUGAGAUCUAAUUCCCUGUUCCCUGAUGGUCACCACCAGCCGCAGAUGCUAAGCUUCUCUUCGCCCAAAUCAGAAACUUUCUUACUCAGUAACGAUGGAGCAUUAGCAGAGAGGGCUUUACAAAAUGCAGCCUUUUCUCACUAUUCCACUCCAUCUUCUGCUUAUACCCGGAGUACAGGUUUGGGUUAUGGAAACUUGAAUGCAAGCAUGCAUGGAAUUUUAACAGGAGUAAGAGGGCCAUUCACUCCAUCUCAGUGGAUGGAGCUGGAACACCAGGCCUUGAUCUACAAGUACAUCACUGCAAACGCUCCUAUACCCUCCAAUCUGCUCAUCCCCAUCAGAAAAGCUCUCAACCCGACCGGAUAUUCUGGCUUCUCUGCCGGGUCCUUGAGAUCGAGUACAUUGGGAUGGGGUUCUUUCCAUCUGGGUUUCUCCGGGAACACCGAUCCCGAGCCGGGAAGGUGUCGUAGGACGGAUGGGAAGAAAUGGCGGUGCUCUAGAGAUGCAGUUGCCGAUCAGAAGUACUGUGAGCGGCAUAUGAACAGAGGCCGCCAUCGUUCAAGAAAGCCUGUGGAAGGCCAGCCUGGCCAUGCCGUCUCCGGAUCCGCCACUUCUAAGGUGAUGCCAAUGGCUUCUUCAUCAUCUGCUUCGGCGGUUUCUGGCGGUGGUGCAUCCAACAGCCUCACCAUCACGCAGCACCACCAGAUCGAGAACUUGCAGCCAGGUGGUGGUAGUGCUGGUGCUGCUAACCCUUCUGCGGCUUCCCACAUCAACAGGGCCUUGCUGAACAAAGAAAAUUUGGGUGAUCGAAUGCAAGAUCCGCAGGGUCUAUCCAUGCUCUCCCCUACCAUGAACGUGAAACACAAAGAUACUCUGUUCUCCGUCCCAAAACAACAAAACCCAUUCGAAGAUUCCUCCCGCACACAGUUCGGACUCCUCUCCUCUGAUUCUCUCUUCAACCCAUCUCGAAGAGGUAGUUCAGGUUCCUUCUUGACCAACAGCAGAAACUUUGGUUCUUUGUCCCCAGACCUUAACGACAAGGAUCCCCAAGCCCAACAACAUAAUCCCCUCCGCCACUUCAUCGAUGACUGGCCCGAGAACAGGUCAGAUAGGUCUGCCGUGACUGCUGCCUGGCCGGAAAUAGAAGAAAUCCAGUCAGACCGAACCCAGUUGUCAAUAUCAAUUCCAGUGGCUUCAGAUUUCUCAUCCUCCUCGUCUUCACCCACUCAGGAGAAACUCAAGCUGUCGCCGCUGAGGUUGUCGCGUGAGUUUGACCCAAUUCAGAUGGGUUUAGGUGUGGGUAGCAUACUGAAUGAGCCCACCAUGGGCACCCAGAGACAGAUGAACUGGAUACCUAUCCCUUGGGAGACUUCCAUGGGGGGACCUCUCGGGGAAGUCCUGAACAACAAGAGCACUACCCCUACUACCAGUACUACUACUUCAGCAGUAGUAGGGGGGUCCUGCAAGGAUUCCUCUGUGUCGGCUCUAAACCUCAUGACAGAAGCGUGGGAUGGGAGUCCUCGGUUAGGGUCGUCUCCGACUGGAGUCUUACAGAAGGCCACCUUUGGUUCCUUCUCUAAUAGUAGCUCUGGGAGCAGCCCAAGGGCUAAGAACAGUAAGACCCACAAUGGGGUUAGCCUAUGUGAUGAUCUAGUCGGUUCAACUCUCUUGUAAAUUCCUCCACCAUCCCGUCCUUGUGAGCUUUAGCGUUUCAUCUCUUCUCAUCUCGGGUAC